CCUGCGCUCCGCUCCGUUCCUCCCGCUCCGCUCCCGGCUGCAGCUCCCCGCGGAGGGAGGCGGGACCCAGGCGGUAUGGCCUCCGCACUGGAGCAGUUCGUGAACAGCGUGAGACAGCUGUCUUCCCAAGGGCAAAUGACACAGCUAUGUGAGCUAAUUAACAAGAGUGGCGAGCUACUAGCAAAGAACCUCUCUCAUCUGGACACUGUUCUGGGGGCUCUAGAUGUACAGGAACACUCUCUCGGGGUCUUAGCUGUUUUGUUUGUGAAGUUUUCCAUGCCCAGUAUUCCUGACUUUGAGACUUUAUUUUCUCAAGUUCAACUCUUUAUCAGCACUUGCAACGGAGAGCACAUUAGAUACGCAACAGAUACUUUUGCUGGUCUCUGUCAUCAAUUAACAAAUGCACUUGUGGAAAGGAAGCAGCCCUUGCGGGGAAUCUGUGUUCUCAGACAAGCCAUAGACAAGAUGCAAAUGAAUGCAAACCAGCUGACCUCAAUCCACGCAGAUCUCUGCCAGCUCUCUCUCUUAGCGAAAUGUUUUAAGCCUGCACUUGCGUACCUAGAUGUAGAUAUGAUGGAUAUUUGCAAAGAGAAUGGCGCUUACGAUGCCAAGCCCUUCCUGUGUUACUACUAUUACGGCGGGAUGAUUUACACAGGCUUGAAGAACUUCGAGAGAGCACUGUAUUUUUAUGAGCAGGCUAUAACUACUCCAGCCAUGGCUGUUAGUCACAUAAUGCUGGAAGCCUAUAAAAAGUAUAUUCUAGUUUCCUUGAUACUCCAUGGAAAGGUUCAGCAGCUACCUAAAUAUACCUCGCAAAUUGUCGGUAGAUUUAUCAAGCCUCUUAGCAAUGCUUACCAUGAGUUAGCACAAGUCUAUUCAACCAAUAACCCAGCAGAGCUGCGGAAUCUUGUAAGCAAACACAACGAAACCUUUACCAGGGACAACAACAUGGGGCUGGUCAAGCAAUGCCUGUCAUCCCUCUACAAGAAGAACAUUCAGAGACUUACCAAAACAUUUUUAACGCUGUCGUUACAAGACAUGGCUAGUCGAGUUCAGUUGUCCGGUGCUCAGGAGGCAGAAAAAUAUGUGCUGUACAUGAUAGAAGAUGGUGAAAUAUUUGCAAGUAUUAAUCAAAAAGACGGCAUGGUGUGUUUUCACGAUAACCCAGAGAAAUACAACAAUCCUGCGAUGCUUCACAAUAUUGAUCAAGAGAUGCUGCGAUGUAUAGACCUUGAUGAUAGGUUGAAAGCAAUGGAUCAAGAGAUCACUGUGAACCCUCAGUUUGUUCAAAAGAGCAUGGGGUCUCAGGAUGACGAUUCAGGAAGCAAACCAUCCAGCUACUCUUGAGAUCAACAUCCCCACUAUGUAUUCCCAACAACAACGGUGGAUAAUCAGCAAUGCAAAAACCUUCAGCAUCCCCCCCACAAUAAAAUAAGUCUUCGGAUAUAAAGAAGAGCAGAGAAAGGAGAUAAGCGUUUCUGCCUGGACAUUUACAUGGGAAUGAAAGCAAAUAUUUAUAACAUUUUUCUCUCUGCUCAAUAUGCGUUACACAGUUACACUUCAAGGAAAACAAUCUUUAAGAAAUAAAACCUGUUGUGAAUUUC